UGUUUUUUUUGUUUCAAGUUGUCAAUGAUAGCAUUAUAGAGGUGCAGUAGCCUUGUAAUUAUGAUGACCAAAAAAAGAGAAUAAAAAUUCAUCAACUCUGGACGUGGUGGGGCCAGCUAAACAUUUGCCAAUAGAUAACGACAUUGCCUCGUUAUCUGUUAGCUGACAGGCUGUCAAUCAAACUCCCUACGUUUCUAGCGUAACUGACCUGCCUGCGCGCCGCCGGUACGUGGUUUACGUACGCCUGUCACGCAGUCCACAGACGCAAGACGCACAGACGCUGUUUACUCCACCAACGCAACAGUUCUUAGCGGCUUUUUUUGACCUAUAUCUUCCUCGCAGUUAGCACAAAGUUUGUUGCAAUGGCAGACAAGAAUCCAGGAGCAGUUAGCCGCAAAAGAAAGUCCGUUUUUGAGGUCGCUGAAAGAAGAAGACAAGGGGAAAAGCAGCGAAGCCAAACUAAGGUGAUUCUUGUAGAUUCAUUCCAGCGAUGGCGCGACUGAAGCAGACGCAGGGUCUAAAGACUGACGCAUUGGUCGCCAAAUUACUCCUGGACAGGUAACUUCUGCUUAUUAUGAAAACGUACUUUAUUUCCAAGAGCUAGUCAAACGUUUUUCAGGACACGAAAGCGAUAUCCUAUGUCUGAAAACGUAAUUUUCAAGGCAAAGAAAGAGUCCGCUUGCUGCUGCGUGUUGUAGCUAGUUCAUUCGCACUGAAUCUCCGCGCAACCUUCUCUGUACCCCUUUCCUGCUCCUGUCCCCGCUGCCCGUUCCGCUCUUCCCCCUUCUCCUCACUUCUACGGGCACGGAAUCUCCGCGCACCGCUCCCCUCUCCUCUCUCCUCUCUCCCUGCUCCGCUCUUCUCCCUGCUCCUCACUUCUCGUCCGCGAACGAAAUGUCCGCACACCCGCUCCCCCCGCUCCUCACUUCUCCGCCUUGCCUAACCAACACUGUAGUUAGUUGUUUACAAGUCAUGUGCAGCUCACCGGCUGUAAACAAACCUGUUUCUGGCGUAAAGAGGAGGCGGGAGAAGGCGUUUCUACGUAGGGAGCUGUAGGGGAGGGGGGGUGGUUUCACGCAUGCGCAACAUUUGAAAAAGGACAAACAGUCGCUGGAUUUCUCGUUCCUUGGAAAAUCCUCUAUACAACCUUUAAAUUCAUUGUUAUGGUGCAGCAAUAACUAAAAGAAACAGAAGGAACUACAUUGACCAUGAUCCUUUGCUCCAUUUUAACGCAAACUUCAUGAAGAAAUAGCAGUUCUAAGGUUCGCGUCUUUCCCUUUACCUGAAGAUGCACCAGGAUUCUAGGUGUCGCAGGGAUUUCUUGUAAAGCCGCAAAACUUUCUGUUGGUGAGUGAGAAACGCGGCCGCCAUCUUGGAGUCCGCUGUCACCUUCUGCAGCGCUGCAUUCUGGGAAUUUAUCAGAUAUUGGGGUGAAUCUGACUGACCCCAUGUUCAGAGGCCUGUACAGAGGAAAGCAGAAACACGACGAUGAUUUUGAUGCCAUAAUUGACCGAGCACUCAAAGUGGGAGUGGAAAAGUUUAUGAUCACUGGAGGAAGUCUGGACGACAGCAAAGAUGCGCUGAAACUUGCUCAAACCAGAGAGGAGUUUUUCUGCACAGUGGGCUGCCAUCCCACGCGCUGCUCCGAGUUUGAGAAGUCUGGAGACGAGACUUAUCUGUCUGAACUUAAAAACCUCGCCACAAAUGCCAAAGGAAAAGUGGUCGCUAUCGGAGAGUGUGGACUGGAUUUUGAUCGUCUUGAAUUUUGUCCAAAGGAAACACAACUGAAAUAUUUUGAGAAGCAGUUUGAUUUGGCUGAAGAAACCAAACUGCCCAUGUUCCUCCACUGCAGGAACUCCCAUCAAGAAUUUAUUGAAAUUAUGAAGAGGAAUAGAGACCGCUGUGUUGGAGGAGUGGUGCACUCUUUCGAUGGGACGCCAGAGGAUGCUGUUGCCAUUACUGAGUUAGAUCUGUACAUUGGGAUAAACGGCUGCUCAUUAAAAACUGAAUCCAACAUUGAAGCCAUGAAGUCUGUGCCCAGUGAGAGGCUCCUGAUUGAGACAGAUGCUCCGUGGUGUGGCGUGAAGGCGACUCAUGCUGGAGCCAAACUCGUCAAAACCACUUUCCCCACAAAGAAGAAAUGGGAACCAAGACACUGUUUAAAAGACAGGAACGAACCAUGUCACAUUAUUCAAGUCCUGGAGGUGAUGGCGGCAGCACGAGACGAGGAUCCAGUGGAACUUGCGAACACAAUCUACAACAAUACAGCGAGAUUGUUCUUCCCCACAUCAUGAUCAAUACUUAAAUAAUAAAAAAACUAUAAUUACUUUA